CUACGAACGGGCACAAUGACAACCUCGAGUGUUUUUUUGUCAAAUACUAACGCCAGUGUGACGUACGAACCAAAGUUAUCAACAGUGAACAUUAGUAAUUCUAAUGUGAUGACGUUGACAUGUUGGGAAAAACUGUCGCUCGUCGUAUUGGCAGCGAUCGGAUUGCGAAUUUUGUUACGACUCAGCCUGAUCCUAUGGAGACAAUACAUAGGACCGACUCUUGGUUUCGGCAUCGAUCCAAAGGAUCAAGGUCGAUGGGCAGUGAUCACUGGUGCAACCAGCGGUAUCGGGAAAGCGUACGCGGAACAACUGGCACGAAAGGGCAUGGACAUUGUGCUGGUCUCGCGAUCCUUGGAAAAGCUCGAGGAAGUUUCAGCGGAGAUCAAAGAACGGUACGGCGUCAAAGUUCGAGUCGUCGAUGCAGAUUUGACCAAAGGACAGGUAGCUUACGCAAAAGUUGCUAAAGCCAUCGAGGAACUCGAGAUCGGCGUGGUGGUGAACAAUGCUGGGGCUAGUUACGAGCAUCCAGAGUUAUUCACUCAGAUCACCGAGGAAUGCGUAGCGCAGAUCUUGCAAUUGAACGUCGAGGCAAUAACUGGCAUCGCGAAGAUCGUUCUUCCAAAAAUGUUCGAGCGGAGGAAAGGAAUUUUGAUAAAUAUAAGCUCGCUAUUGGGAGUUAUGCCGGCGCCUUAUUUGACCGUGUACGGUGCUAGCAAGGCUUACGUCGUCAAACUUAGCCAAGAUUUAGCCGUAGAGGCCGAACCGCACGGAGUCACCGUCCAAUGCAUAGUUCCUGCCAUCGUGGCGACCAAGAUGUCAAAGAUCAAGAAAACAACAUGGAUGGCACCGAGUGCGGAAAAAUUUGUAGAGUCGUCGUUAAAAACGAUCGGCAUCGAAUUGAUUUCAACAGGCUACCCACCACAUUAUUUAUUACUAGCUUCCGUAAACGUAUUACGUUGUAUAUGCGAGAAAGCUACUAUUUGGUUGAUCGCGAAGACAAUGUGCAACGUAAGGCGUCGAGCUUUGCAGAGCAAAGCUCGACAGCAAAAGAAGGCGCAAGAACAAAGCUCACCCAUCGCUGCAGAAUAGUUUCAAUUUAAAUUCAAAUCGAUAAGAACCUACACCUGAAAGUGCUGUAAUACUUCUUUUUAAACGGAAAGUGUUGUUCAACUUUAUAGUUACCUGUUAAACUAUUUGUUACAUUGUUUGUACAUAUAUUUUGUAAUGUAUAAUUAUUAUAACAACAAAUAACAUUGUUUCCUUAAUCGUU